AUGCCCCGGGCAAAAUCCUCAAAGGUCUCUGAGGAAUAUCAAAAGGAGAAGAUGAAAGGGAAGAAAAAAGUUCAGGAAGAAAGUGAGAUACCCAGUUCUCCUUCUGGGUCAGAAGAUGAGGAAUUACUGGCUAGACUGUGCAUGUCUCAUCACUUUGUUGAUGAGAAAUCUGAACAAAGAUUCAAUGACAUGAAACAUCUCAACACAAUUGUUGAGAGAAACGUGAAUGUCAACAACUUCAAGGAGCAGGGGAUAUGGGACAUCCUGGAAUGUCUAGGUCUAGGAGAAACAGUCACCUAUGUAUGUCCACACAGCAAAAUUUUGGUCAAAGAAUUUUAUGCAAACAUCACCAAGAAGAUUGUGAAGGCAGAAGAUCCAAUGUACUAUCGGGUGUACAUAAGAGGGAAGAUACUGCAUUUUUCCCCAGUAGUGAUCAACAAGUUUUUGGGCUUGAAGAACACAGUUGUGACAACCAUGGACGAGCUGGACAGAGAGAUUGACCAGAAAGAGCUGGAGAUAGCUCUCACUGACAGCUAUGAUGAGAAGAGAAAAGGAGAGAUAGCCCCAGUAGAGCUGAAUUUCGAGUCCUCAGUGCUGUUCAAAAUAGCCAGAUCUAACUGGUUACCAACUCAGCGAUCAAGUCUGAUCCACAAGAGGCUGGCAGUACUCAUCUACUGUGUGAAGAAAGGAAUCAAGAUCACCUAUGGAAACAUGAUCUCAUAUUCUGGAGAGAGCCCUGGACAUCAGAGCAAGUGCCCUGAACUCAUUGAUCCAAAGGAGAACAUCGAGGUGAUUCAAAAACCCCUAGUGGUUGAGUCCAGAAUCAAAAGGAAGAAGGGAAAAGGAACGAAGGACUUCAAGAAGAUGCUGGAGACUCUCAAGGAUGCAGAAAAAGCAUUGAUAAAGAUGGAGCUCGGACUAAGGAAGCAAGCAAUACAUUGUCAGAAAAUCCGUGCAACAGUCCACGAAUACAUCGAAGCUACUCUGAGUAAUGUGUUCAUUAUUCAAUCAGGGGGAGAAAUUGAGGAAGCAGAAGGAGAUCUCGAUUCAGAAGAAAAAGAAGACUCAGAGGAGGAGGAUGAAGAAGAUGACUCGGAGAUACCUAAACCGACUCCCAAGAAGGCGGAAGUAUCAAAGAAGUCAGGGACGAUAAGAAAGACUAGGAGAGUCAGGAGUCCUUCUGAUGACUCAUCAUUUCGUUUCUAA